AUGGACUACUUGGGUGUCCAGAUGAAUGAGGAGGACCUGCUAAAUACUGGUGGAGGUUCUUUCAUACUUUCUGUCUUCAUCUUGGUGAAGGGAAACAGGAAGGCCCUGUGUGACAGACAGCUAGACACAGUUGUCCCAGGGGAGAGGCUGGUGCGACUGUACCUGUGUGAGAAGUUGGAGCCUUGGAGCGUGGGUGAGAUUUGCAUAAGCAGAGGUACACAGAUAAGCUGUUUCUCCCCAAGUUCUUUCUCCUGGCGGCAGGCUGCCUUCGUGGAUUCUUACUGUUGGGCUGCCGUUCAGCAGAGGCACUCCUUGCAGGGCAACUCUGGAAACCUCCCCCUGUGCCUGCAUAAGUUUUUCCCCUACAUCCUGUUGCUGAUUGCCAUCCUCCUGUACCUGCCCUCCCUGUUCUGGCGUUUUGCAGCUGCUCCCCAUAUUUGCUCAGAUUUGAUGUUCAUCAUAGAAGAACUUGACAAAGUUUACAACCGCGCAAUUAAAGCUGCAAAGAGUGUGCAUGACGUCGACCUGAGAGAUGGUGUCAGCCCAGUUCCCGGUUCUAAUGAGAACGUAGGGCAAAGUUUGUGGGAGAUAUCUGAAAGCCACUUCAAGUACCCAAUUGUGGAACAGUACCUGAAGACAAAGAAAAACUGUAGUCAUUUAAUCAUCAAGUACAUCAGCUGCCGGCUGCUAACCCUCGGCAUUAUAGUGUCAGCGUGUGUCUACCUGGGCUAUUACGUUAGCCUCUCCUCCCUCUCAGAUGAGUUUGUCUGCAGCAUCAAAUCAGGGAUCCUGAGGAAUGACAGCACCGUCCCCGAUCAGUUUCAGUGCAAGCUCAUCGCCGUUGGCAUCUUCCAGUUGCUCAGUUUCAUUAACUUGGGGGUUUACGUUCUGCUGCUUCCCUUGGUUGUCUACACGCUGUUUGUUCCAUUCCGGCAGAAGGCAGAUGUUCUCAAAGUGUAUGAAAUCCUGCCCACUUUCGAUGUUCUGCAUUUCAAGUCUCAAGGGUACAAUGACUUGAGCCUCUACAACCUCUUCUUGGAAGAGAAUAUAAGUGAACUCAAGUCAUACAAGUGUCUUAAGGUCCUGGAGAAUAUUAAAAGCAACUGUCAGGGCAUCGACCCGAUGGGCCUCCUGCGGAACCUCGGCAUGAUCAAGAUGGAUGUCGUCGAUGGCAAAAAACGCAGGCUCUCGGGGGUGCUGGGGGAGGAGCAGGGCACCCAGGCGGCAGAGCUCAAAGAUCUGAACGCGCACAGCGAAACGAAAGCAAAUAAUGGAGAGAGGAAUGCUCGGCAGAGACUCCUGGAUUCUUCUUGUUGAUGAUUUUUUUCAUGAACUUCAGAGCCGUGACUUCUGUGAUGUGGGAUUCAUUUUGGCUAAAGUGCCUCUGUGAGGUUUCAGCCGGCUCGCAGUAAAUGGUUCUUGGUAGGUGCGGAACACGACUUACGGAGUCUUAAUGAACACGAUGGUCAACCGCAUGUGGAAGAACCAUUUGUGCGCUUCCUUUGAGAAGCAAUGCAGAGGUGAGUCAACAACAGCCGGUAUGGAAGCUCUCACCAGACGCAAAGUGGAAAGACUAAUCAAAGCAAGAGUCGUGGCCCUUUUAGUGCCUCAGAGAAACACCUUUCUAUAUAGAUGGUCGGAUGAGACUCAGAGCGACUGGAAAGCAAGGACUUUGGGACAUUUUUGUUUUGUGAAAUAAUAGUAAGCAUGUCAGGAUACAAUUAAAUAUGAAUCUCCUCCAUGCCCUAAUGACUACUGGACAAGAAAUAUACUCACUGGCUCUGGACCCAGAGGCGAACCUGCUCUGAGCCGUGUGCUAAAUUGGGAGAAAGUCCGGUGCCUUGGUCUUGCACACCCUGGCUCUCUCUGCGUGGCUCCUGGAGAGCCUUGGCUAACUGAAAUCCGCUAACCACUGUUUGUUGUAGUCUGUUACGGAGGGCGCAGGCCCAAGCGCUGCUCUGAUUGACAAGUUAGUUUAGAAGACAGAGUCUAAAGGAUAUUGAAUUGUGACUUCUAUACAGGAAAGGAUGCUUCUCAAAGAGCCAGUGGGGAAAUCUAAACAUACAGAGUAGGCUGAUUCAGUCCCUUUCCAGGGGGUGUUCUUCAGCACGCUCUCCUAUUAGCAAAAGCAUUUGAAACAAGAUGUUACUUAAACAAAUUAACCGAGCGCAGAAUGCUUAAAGUGAGGGACAUUUUGCCUACUGUGAUCAGAACAUAUGAAUAACAGCUGCCAUAUGGUGUGCCUGGAGCCAGAAGAAUUUAGCAGUUUAUUUUAUUUAUAUUUAAGCACGUCUUUUACAAAUUUAUUUUAAUUUAGAAUCAUACAACAUCAGAAUUGAUGCCAUUUGGGAAAAACAUUCUAACAUUGAUGGAGAAUUACAGAAUAAAUGUCACAAAUGGGUAUAUAUUAUACAUCCAAGCAUUAUUUCAUAAAUGUUUAAAGCUGACUCAGAAUAUAUAAAAACUGUCACCAAUUCUGACCAUGUAUAUACAUCAUAACUAUGUUUACAUUUUAUACAGACUUUUAUAAAAUGACAUUUAUGGACCUCCUGUUUUUAUCUUAGAAAGUGAACACAUUGCUAACGUGAGUAAUCCUCAGGAUCCUCAAAGUUUACAUGUGGCUCUUAGGGACAGUUGUUGGCCUGAUCUAAUGACUGUUUUGUGAAGAACAAACGUUAUAUAAGCUGCUCUUUGUCUUUCAGGAUAUUCACAAAAGCAAGUUUUAUUUGUGCUUCUGUGAUGGUUUCUGAGAUGGAAAGCUAAUGAUAAAUAAUUAAGGAUGUAAUCAAUGCCCUAAAUUAUUCUUAUCAUGUGAUAUUUAUUAUCAUUAAAUUAUAGUGGAAAUGGCAGUAACCUAAAUGAUCGAUUUUGCUACCUGUUUGUAUCAUUGUAUCUGAGAUGUUCGAUCACAGUACUCUACAUUCAUUUUUAUCAUUUGAAAAGAUUUCUGAAAUGUAUAUUUUUCUAUGAUAUGCUUUUCUUUCUAUAGAGUGUCCCUGAUUUGUAUUUUGAAGUGGUGAAAGUGGAUACAUUAUUUAGGAGACCAGGAACUCUCUAAGUCCAGUCAUGUCUAAUCCUUCCAUAAGUUAUAAUUGGCCUCUGUUCAUGUCCCCAUCCCCACUCUCUGAGCUUUGAUAGGGUCUGUGAUGUCCCAGUCAUUACACUAGUCACCAACUACAUGGGUAUGAGUAACACAGGUCCCCAUUUUUGAGGAGUUCAGAGUCUAGUAAAAGGCAGCGAAGACAGAGGCAGGUGCUGAGAAGAGUUGCCACAGUAAAAGCCCUUCCAGAAAACUCACAGCCAGUGCUCUGUGUUCCUGGGAAACACCACAUUGUUUUUCCCUUUCUCAUAGUUUCUGUUGCUGACAGUUUUUAAAGUCUAGUUACAGUUUUUCCCAGAGGCUCUUUAGCCACAUGUCCCCCAGGCUGAGGCCUGGACAGAACCAUAAUGUAGAUGGUGAUUUUGAACAGUAAAGAGCUCCAGUCACCAACCACCCUUUCGUACCUUACCUGGCAGGGGGUGGCGAGGACAAGCCCAUGGGCUUGUUGUCCAUGAACAACAGUUGUGGUGCCAGGAGGCUGAUGUGGAUGUCUAGGAAUACAGUUUUGUUUGGAAAAAAGUGGUAUUAGGAAAGUUAACCCACCCGUCCACUGUGAGCUAAUGGCUUAGUGGACUGCUUUUGAGGAGUGAGGAGCCAUUCAUUGCUCUAUGAAAGGAGACAAACAGAUCCUAAUUAAUCACCCCCCAGUAGUGCUCGACUUGGUCUCUGGCCCAGGUGUGCCUAGUAAAUCACCAGGAGGCCUCUAAACCAGACUUGUAACACACAUUGUUGCAGCUGGGUCUGGGACCCUUCAUUCUGAAUGCAAUGACAAGCUGCAGGUAUGAUUUUACCAAGGGACAGAAAGAGGCCCUCCAAUGCAGAGGUUCUUAAACUUUUGGAGCUUACAAACUCCCUUGAAAAUUAUUUCUUUAAAGCUAUGGACCUUCUCUUCAGCUCUACACAAACAUUAAAGAAACCUUCAGAGGUCCUAGUCCACGCAGCCGAGGUUAAGCUGUGCUUUAGUGGCUGAAGGCCAUGCCGCAGAGUAGAGUGGAGGCCCCCACUGCCCCUGUGGAAAGCUGCUGCUUCCCACAGUGAGUCUCAGCUAUAUGUUUACUUUUGAGUGAAGUGUACCUUUUGCGUAACUGACUUCAUUUUCUAGAGCCGAAAAAGUCACAAGAGUUGGCAUAGGUAGCCUGGAUGGAUCAGGCAUUUGGCAUUGACCACUGUUCCCUCUCUGGCCACCAGGUAUUAUCUUACUCCGGAUCCGAAUCAUUGUCCCCAUACAGCCUCACUGGAAUGUGAGGAGGGUGGCAUAAUGCUUGUAAAAUGCUUUCUCCUACUUUAUAGUGGUACUGUGAGAGAGCUGGAAACUUCCAGCUGUGUAGUGGGUCUCUUUGCAUGUUCAUGUUUCAUUUGUGGAAGCAACCUGUUGACUGAGUACCCUCUCCUAUCCAAGAAUGAGCCAAGGUGGGACAGCAGGGCCCUGGGGUCUCGUUCCUGGGAGAAUUAGUUCAGCUCUUAGAGGCAGAUGGCUGCACACUUUUCUACAUGUGUGCAUGUUUGGUUUAUUUUGCUCUUGUCAGUCCAAGAUAAAUAGAAGCUUCAUGAGGGUGGGAGUUUUUAUCCACUGCUGUACCUGAAGCUCCUAAAACGAUGACUGUUGUGUAAUAGGCAUUCCCAGAUAUUUCUUCAUUGCAUGAACACACUGUUAUGAUAAAUCCUAGUUUGUUGGCAACUGUGAUUUGAUUUUAAAAGGCAGAUGGUUCUCUGCAGGAGAGGGGAGGGGCUCAUUUAGCUUCUUCAUAGAGAGGGAACUAUUUCUGCAGAGGAAUAGGUUUCCACAUAUAAGUAGCGGCAGUUCUUAGCUUUUUACUAUGGAGUUAGUCGUGACCACUUUCCAGGUUCAAUGUUGCCUGGCAAUGAUUAGGAAAACUGAAGUUUUAGAGGUCCUGGUCUCCAUAAUUUCCCAGAAUAACCUCAUGAAAAGGAUUGCUGAUUGAACUGUGCAAUUGUCAGUAAUUGAGGUUUCAUCUCAGGGCAUUGAGAUGAACUAGCUCCUUCUGAGCAGUGGUUAUUAGCCUUUUGGCUCUAUCUUUCACAAGUAAAGUGAAUCCUUUAAAGAAAGAUGAUAUUGCAUUAUUUGUGGGAUAUCAUAAAUGUUCAUCUGUGGUUGGUUUGUAUUGCCUGCUUAAAAUAAAAUGCUUUGUGUCCUAGGUUCUCUUUUUAACAGUAAAAACACUUUGUCACUUGAA